AUGUGGUUCUGGGCAAAUGCACACUAUAUCGUAUACUAUCCGUCCCACGACGAGAAUCGAAGUAUUCGCGAUCGGAACUUUGCCGCGAACGACAUGGGAUUCGCUAACAGCGACGACGACGACGACGACGACUUGGUACAAAUGCCGUCCAAAUACUCCGAACUCGGUAAGCCGACGAAAGAAUGGGAAGAAUUUUACGCGAACCACUUCGACGAUGUCCCGGUCCUCGUUGGCACGCCCGAGCACAUGCGAAAGAUUAUGGUGGAGCUGAAGAAGCGAGCCCAAGCCCAGGUCCCACCCAUCAUAGAAGGGCUGAAGGUCAGAGAUGAGCAGAUACCGACAUCUGACGGUGCCUCUAUAGCCCUGAGGAUUUAUCAGCCAACAUCGGGGGAAAAUCCAAAGCCGGCUGUCUUCUAUGCUCCAGAAUACCCGUUCCCACGAGGCACCGAGGAUUCUUGGGAGGCAUUGAAAUGGACGAUAGACAAUCACGGCAAUCUGGGAAUCGACGUGAACAAUAUCGUCAUCGGAGGAAGCAGUUCAGGGGCCCACACAACUGCUGUCCUUUCCCACCGCGUCAAGGAUGGGCAGCUCCCUAUCAAAGGCUCGAUCAUGCGCAUCCCGUCCGUCUGCCAUAUCGAUUGCUACCCGCCGGAACUGGGCCUUCACAGCCUCGAAGAGCUCAAAGAUGCGCCGCUCCUCUCCAAACGCUCGAUGGAACUGUUCUACGGCUACCUGAACCCACCGGACCCGUCCCACCCAGAGGCCUCUCCUCUCCUCAAUCCGACGUUCAAGGGCCAUCCCCCUACCUACAUGCAGGUAGCAGGGAUGGACCCAUUACGUGACGAGGGUCUGGCGUAUGCAGACAAGCUCCGGGCAGCUGGCGUCCCGGUCAAGCUCGAUGUGUAUCCGGGUCUUCCACAUGCUUUUGGGUAUUUCCCCAAGCUCACGGCAGCGAGGAAGAACGCCGAAGACCUGAUAGCUGGGAUCAAGUGGCUUCUCGGAGGUGCUCAAUAG